GAUCGAGUCUGGGAGGCGGGCUCGGCUGGCUGAUCGCUGAGGGGAGGAGGAAGGCACCACUUUCAGGAGCCGGAGAGGGGGAGGGCAGGAGGGGAAGGUGCUGCUGCUGCUGAGGGGGGGAAGCGAGAGAGACUGAGAGAAAAGACAAUGGAGCCUCUGUGCGGCGGCGGCUGUGGGACCCUAAAGCUGCCGUGAUACCGGCUGUGUGAGCAGGAGAGACCCGGGGCAACCCCGGCCGGCGCGUCCCACCGCACCCCCCCCCCCAACCCCCGGAGAGAUAGAGCGCCCCCUCCCUCUGAGCGCCCCUCCUGCUGCCCCGGACCUACCGGUAAUUACGUUUCAGUUGCACGGGUCCUCACUGCCUAUCAGACAAGAUGAGUACUGCUGUAUCGUGACCCCAGGGGACCCGUGUGCCUUGGCGAUGCACAACGUUCCCUCUGCAGCGAGAGACACAUGUCCGAAGAAUGCUGGAGCUGCAGGAGGGGAGAGCACACUUCAACAAGAGAGAGCGCAACAAAAAGGAGAAAGACGAGCUAAAGGACAACAUUGAUAAAAGCACUUCACAGAAAGCUCUAAGGACCCAUUUAAAAACCCCCAGCCCUCCAAAGAACUUGGCAAGCCCCACCGCGUCUGUGACUGUGAGCUCCGGAACUCUGUCAAUGCAUUCCAGUAACCCCAAAGUGCGAAACUCCCCAUCAGGAAACACACAGAGCAGCCCGAAAUCCAAGCCGGAGGUUAUGGUACACCCUCCUUCCGUGAUGUCUCCUUCCGGCAACCCACAGCUGGAUUCUAAGUUCUCUAGCCAGGGAAAGCAGGGAAGCUCAGCAAGCCAAUCGCAAGCUUCCCCCUGUGACCCAAAGAGUGGUAACCACACCCCCAAGCCGCUGCAAGGCCCUGCGGGCAGCAUGGGACUUAAGAAUGGGGCAGGCAACGGAGCCAAAGGGAAAAGGGAAAGAAGUAUAUCUGCAGAAUCUUUCGACCAGAGAGAUGCAGGCACUCCCACUACAGAUUCUGAAAUUAAAGACUGCAACACUACGGAUCAAGGGAUGCCCCUCGAGUCCCAUGCGUCUCGCGCGAUGACCCCUUCCAAUCCCUCCGUCCCCAGGUCUUCCACUCCUUCACACGGGCCAUCCAUGCUGGACUCUGCACCUGGGAGAAAAACACCAUCCAAAGUGGUGUAUGUCUUCUCUACUGAAAUGGCCAACAAAGCGGCAGAAGCUGUAAUAAAGGGCCAGGCUGAAUCCAUUGUUCUCUUCCACAUCCAGAGCACCUCAAACAGCAAAGCAGAACGCACUUCAACUCCUACGAACACUCAGAUGUCUACGAAUAUCAGGAGCGAAUCUAAAGCGAAUCCCCGAGCGCCAACUCCGCAGGAGCAGAACCAUUCGCAAGCUGCCAAAGUGCAACCCAAUCAGCCCGGUCCAGUACUUCCUCAAAAGUCUACACCAUCUCACUGCUCGCUGGGGCAAGAAAGCGCCGUCGGGGAGAGUAAAAUGGCCGCCAGCAGCCCGGCCAAUGCCAGUGUGUUACAAAGUGAAGGAUGUAGGCAGAGUUCUACCCCUAAUAAUCAAGUUGCCAGCCCUUUAGCUCAAGGAAAUGUUGCUCCGGCGGCGGAGACCAAGACUGAAUCAAAGAGUUUGUCUCAGCCGGUGCCACCUGGGGAGCCGCCAUCUUUGGGUGAAAAUCCCGAUGGGCUUUCUCAGGAGCAGCUGGAGCACAGAGAACGCUCUUUGCAAACCCUGAGAGAUAUACAGCGGAUGCUUUUUCCCGACGAGAAGGAGUUUGCCCUAAAAGACAUUACAGGCCAAAGUGGGGGGCCGCCGCCGAAUUCUGGAAUGUUGGACAAUCCCCAGAAAAAACUUGAAGGGCCAAUACAGGCGAUGAUUGCUCAGUCGCAAAAUUUAAGUAAAGGUCCAGGGCCCCAUCCAGAUGGCGGAAUGCCAUUCGGGCCCCAAGGACACAGGGACAUGCCUUUUUCACCGGAUGACAUGGUGCCCCCACCAAUGAAUCCUCAGCCUGGCCAAGAUCACCUUGAUCACAUGACUCCCGAGCAGGUAGCUUGGCUAAAGCUGCAGCAGGAGUUCUAUGAGGAAAAGAGACGCAAGCAGGAGCAGGCUGUGGUACAGCAGCGAUCUUUGCAGGAUAUGAUGGUACACCAGCAUGGACCUAGGGGUAUGGUUAGGGGUCCCCCGCCUCCUUAUCAAAUGAAUCCUGGGGAAAAUUGGGGUCCGGGGGGGCCAGAACCUUUUCCAGAUGGAAUGGGCAUGCCUCACCCAAUGCCUCCCAAAGGGAUGCCCCCUCAUCCAAAUGUGCCUGGAAGCCAAAUGCAGCGAUUACCUGGCUUUGUUGGAAUGAUGAACCCCGAUAUGGAUGGACCUAACGUUCCAAAUCCCUCAUCCCGACCUGGGCUUCCUGGUGUUAACUGGCCCGACGAGGUGCCAAAAAUUCCAGACGGACGCAACUUUCCCCCCGGGCAGAGUAUAUACAGCGGCCCGGGACGAGGGGAGCGUUUCCCUAACCCGCAGGCCUUACUAGAGGAGAGUUUUCAUCAGCACGUUUCAGAAAAGCAAAUGGGUUUGCCCCCUGGUAUGGGCAUGGAGGGUAUUAGGCCGGUCAUGGAAAUGAACAGAGGGAUGGCGCCACAGCGGAACAUGGAACCCGGCAGCGGCCUGUUCCCUCGCCUGCCCGGAGAUGCAGCACUGAGCCCUUCCAGGAUGGAGUUUCACAAGGGCAUGCCCCCCAAUAUGGGCCCUGGGCGAGAGGUAGAAUUUGCCAUGGGCCCUGGCAAUAUGAACAUGAAGGUGGAUAUGAGCCUCAAUGUCAAUAUGAAUUCUAACCAGCAGUUAAUGGCCCAGAAAAUGAGAGACGUGGUUAUGGGACCCGAGGAUAUGAUGAAAAUGAGACCGGGCAGCACGGAGAUGCUUCCCAACCAGCAAAAAAUGCAUCCGGCACAAUUUGAGCACUCCCAACAGGAAUACGGCAUGGGGGCCCGGCCCUUUCUCAAUAUACCCCAGGGUCCCGGAGGGGUGCUGAGGAACCCCAGAGAACAGAUGGGGCCCGAUCAAAGGACUAACAGCCGACUCAGUCACAUGCCGCCUCUACCUCUCAACCCAAACAAUAACCCGGGCAACCUCGGUGCCGCGCCCCCUGUUCAGCGCGGCAUGGGAAGGAAGCCCUUGGAUAAUGUUUCUGUUUCGGGCGGUCAAGUGAACUCUCCUGGCGUCAACCCUCUGAAAUCUCCGACGAUGCGCCAGGUGCAGUCGCCGAUGCUGGGUUCCCCCUCUGGCAAUCUUAAAUCCCCCCAGACGCCGUCUCAGUUAGCCGGGAUGCUGACAGGACCAACCGCUGCAGCUGCUGCUUCCAUUAAGUCCCCGCCGGUCUUGGGGUCUGCUGCUGCUUCCCCUGUCCACCUGAAGUCUCCGUCCUUACCUGUACCUUCCCCAGGUUGGACAUCUUCUCCUAAGCCUCCAAUGCAAAGUCCAGGAAUACCCCCCAACCAGCACAAGCCGCCACUUGGCAUGACCUCACCAGCCAUGAUGGGGAAUAUGGAAUCCGGGGGCCCACCUCCAUCAGUCAGCCAGUCUGCUCCGAUAAAUCACCCCGGAAGUCUUCCCUCCAGCACUAGCUACACAAUGCCGCCUGAGCCCACUCUGUCCCAAAACCCUCUCUCCAUAAUGAUGUCUAGGAUGUCAAAGUUUGCCAUGCCCAGCUCCACGCCUCUGUACCAUGAUGCCAUCAAAACGGUGGCUAGUUCAGAUGACGAUUCCCCUCCUGCCCGAUCGCCCAACCUACCAUCAAUGAAUAAUAUGCCAGGCAUGGUCAUGAACCCCCAGAACCCUAAGAUGUCAGGUCCACAUGGUGUUUCCAUGGCAACGCUUAGCCCAAUGGGUCUGACGCAGCCUCUUUCCCACGGUGGGCAGAUGCCGUCUCCGAAUGCCAUGGCACCCAAUGUACCGCCUCACGGAGGUCCGAUGGUACCGGGGAUGUUGCCCCACAAUGCUAUGAUGGGGCACGGAGCCCAGGAUGCCCCGAUGGUACCUCAGGGACGCAUGGCAUUUGCCCAGGGCUUUGCCCCCGUACAGUCACCUCCGCAAGUUCCUUUUCCACACAACGGCCCUAAUGGGGGGCAAGGAAACUUUCCGCCUGGUAUGGGCUUUCCAGGGGAGGGGCCUUUGGGUCGCCCCGGCAACCUGCCCCCCAACGCAGACCCAGCACUUUGUAAGUCGGGGUGUCCCACGGGGCCGGAUUCCUUCAGCGUCAUGGGAAACAAUAUGCCUUCGGUGUUCGCCGACCCCGACCUGCAGGAAGUCAUCCGACCAGGGGCUUCUGGAAUCCCCGAGUUUGACCUGUCGCGGAUAAUUCCAUCGGAGAAACCCAGUCAAACACUGCAAUAUUUCCCUCGUGGGGAAGUUCCGGGCAGAAAACCACAGCAAGGACCUGCUUUUUCCCAUUUGCCUGGCAUGAUGGGAGAGCCCAACCCCAGGAUGGGGUUACCGAUGCCCGGUAUGGGGGGGCCGGUGGUCUCGGACAUGCCCUUGGGCGGUGCCCCAAACAUGCCAGGACACAACUCUAUGAGGCCCCCGGGGUUUAUGCAGCAAGGCAUGAUGGGACCUCACCAUCGCAUGAUGUCACCAGCACAAACAGGGAUGCCGGGUCAGCUGACUAUGAUGGGGAAUCCAGCGGGGGUGGGGAUGAUACCCGGAAAGGAACGGAUGCCCGCCGGCCUUUAUAGCCACCCCGGGCCCGUCGGCUCCCCCAAUAUGCUGAUGUCAAUGCAGGGCAUGAUGGGACCUCAACAGAGCAUCAUGAUGCGCCCCCGGGGGAUGCCCUCCGACGUGGGCAUGGGCGGCUUCAGCCAGGGGCCGGGCAACCCCGGGAACAUGAUGUUUUAAAGCUGCUACCAACGGAUUGUCUCCCCGAGAAACCCCCCCCAAAAACACAGUAAGGAGUCCCCAUUCGGCGGCAAUAGCCCCCCCCCCCCCCCCCCCCCACAAAUAAAAAGGACCCCAAUGUCCGAGUUUGGAGAAAUCUAAGAAUGUAUGAAACUAUCCGAGCAUCGCUUUCAUUUAUUCUAAAGGUGUUUUUGUUUUCUUUUUUGUUUGUAUUUUUUUUUUUUAAGAUUUAUUUUUAAGAAAAAAAAAAUAUUUUUGUGGACUUUGGGUUACUCCGCCCCCCCUUGGGGGAAGGGGGAGGAGCACCGGGAUUAAAGAAAAAACAACAAAACGGAAAAAAAAAAAAUCUGUAGCUGUAUUUUGAGAAUCGCCAUUGGUCAUGAGUUGCACCAUCCUGUAUGUUUACGUCAUUUGGAUUGGCUUCUUCAGGACACAUGGUUUCCUCUUCCCCCCCCCCCCCCCCCUUUUUUUUUUUUUUUUGUGUACUGUACUAUAUUGUAAAAGGGAUUUUAGCAGAGGCUCCUGUGUGUGAGGAGACGGGUUCCUGUUUACCUUGGGUGGGGGCCGCACCCGUCUUUGUUACUUUGUGUUUCCCCUUUAACUCCAGUGUAUAGUAAACCAAACUAUGACCUCAUACAGAAAGAGUAUUAUUAAAAAAAAAAAUACAAAAAAGCACAAAAAGGAACUAUCAGUCCAGUUAGCGGGAUCCUCCUUUCUUUAUGAAAAAUGAAAAAAAUCUAAAAAAAAAAAACGUCAGACUACGGAGAGCGAAUACGACUUCAUUUUCAGUUUUGUUUUCCUCCCCCCCCCCCCCCCCCGUAGGCUUCUUGUCUCCGCCCCCCCCAGUUUAUUUUUCCCUCCCCCUUUGUGUUUUUUUUUUUUUUUUCUUGGGGGGGUGGGAGGGAACCUAGAAGAGACUGGCGCUGUAUGUGGGUGGUGCUUAUACGCAGAGGGCGGGGCUUAGGGCUGUUACACACACAGAGCAUAUGCAGUAAGUCUCCAGUUCCCUCUCUCGUAGGAAUCCCGUGUAAUUCAUGAUGUGGGCGUGGCAACAGCCGUGGGAAAAUUUUAUUUUAUCAUUUUGUGACGGUUAUUUUUUUUUUUUCCACUCUUCUUGUUGCCCCUCCCCCCCCCCCAGCGUUAAACAUUCUGUGUAAUCUCCAUUAAAUUUGGUACAAAACCACUUGCCAGGGCUGUGGUGUCGGAAAAAAUAAAAUAUAUUUCUUACAAA